UACAAAUCAAGCAUUGAAAAGGCUCAAAGAGUGCAGAAAUGGCAGCUCGCAUUGCCUCCUCCAGAUCCCUCUCCUCAUUCCUUUUCUCUCCCAGAGUAAACCCAUUUUCCCCGGCCUACUUCUCCACAAACUUCGUUGGUUAGGGAUUUUAUUCGUGCGGCUUUGUAUGAUCCAGAACAUGGAUAUUUUUCUCAAAGGUCGGACUCAGUUGGAGUGCUUGAUCGAAGCAUUAAGUUCAAUCAGCUCGACGGUUAGCUGACAUGUUUGUGGAUAUUUAAUUUUUGUUAGAUUGGUUUUUUUGAGAUAGAAAUCAUAUUUUGAGAUAGAAAUCAUGUUAUUACUUCUUAGCUUAGGGUGUUGCGAGGUUGAGCUAAGGAAGGUUGUGAUUGUGUUAUGAAUCGAGAGUGUUUCUGAUAUUAUCUUCCAGCUUGAUUAACCUUUCCUAUGGAUGAUUUUGUCAACAAUAUUUUACUGAUGUGAAAAAGGGUGCUUGUUGAUUUCGAAGCAAACGAACAUUUAGAAGCUCAUGAUUACCAAGAUCGUGGGCUGUUGUAUACUCUGGUGGCUCUAUAGUUCUUCAUGUAUAUUUGUAGCAAGAAACGAUAUCCAUUUCAGUGUGCUAAAUUCACAUGUCGACAUUCUUUGUUAUUGAGCUGAGGGUUGCUACUUAGUAGUUACCCCUCUCUCAUAGGUUAGUGUAAUACAAAAUUUCAGUAUGAUAUAUAUCACAUUAUGGGCCUUGGGAACUAUUAAAUGGAUUUUCAAGCAUUUGGUCUUACAACUGCUCUUGCUUGGAUGCCUUGGAGACUUGGAGUUAUUUUUAUGUAUGUGCUUUAACUGUUCAAAGUGCAACAAAUUUGAAGGCCGGAAAGCUUAUACAAAGCACGUGGAUGCUAUCUACAAGCAGAACGAUAUAUCUUGGUUUACCCCGGUGGAGCUUUUUAAGCCUUGGUAUGCCCAUGGAAUAGCUGAAGCAAUUCUCCGGACUACUAACCUAUCUGUUCCACUAAAAAUAUAUGAGAUCGGAGGUGGAUCAGGAACCUGUGCAAGGGGCAUAAUGGAUUACAUAAAAGUGAAUGCACCUUCAAGAAUUUAUGAUAGUAUGCAAUAUAUUUCAGUGGAAAUUAGUUCUUCGCUGGCCAAAAAGCAACUGGAAACUGUCGGAGAAGUUAGUAGCCACGCGGAAAAGUUCAGGGUAGAAUGUCGUGAUGCUGCUGAUCCAAGUGGAUGGGGUUCUGAGCAACAACCAUGUUGGGUGAUAAUGCUGGAGGUGCUUGAUAAUCUUCCGCAUGAUCUAAUCUAUUCUAAGGAUCAAGUCUCACCUUGGAUGGAAGUUUGGGUUGAAAAAAGACAUGACAAGCCCGAACUCUCUGAGCUGUAUAAGCCUUUGGAAGAUCCACUUAUUGAAAGUUGCAUGGAAAUCCUGGAUUUGGCAAAAGACGGUAAACCUCAUGGAAGCAGGAUGGGUUCAAUCGCUCAAAGUUUUUUGGCUAAAGUUUUCCCGAGGCCUCGAAGAUGCUGGCUACCAACCGGUUGUUUAAAACUCCUACAAGUUCUACAUGGCGCUUUACCAAAGAUGUCCUUAAUCGCAUCCGAUUUCACUUACCUUCCUGAUGUAACAAUACCAGGCGAACACGCCCCUCUCGUUGCCAGCAAGAAAGAUGGCUCUAACUCAGAUCAUAACAGUUACCUGGAUGCCAAGGGUGACGCUGAUAUAUUUUUUCCAACGGACUUUUGCCUGCUAGAAGAUAUUGAUCACUAUUGCUCUGGAUGGUUAAAGCCAACCGAAGCUAAACCAUUGAAGAAAGGAAAGAAGAGGCGAACUCUUAUGCUUGAUACAUCAUCUUUUAUGGAAGAAUUUGGCAUUCCUUCGAAGACGAGAACCAAAGAUGGAUACAAUCCAAUGCUGGAUGAUUUCAAGAACACCAAGUUCUACCUGAGCGUUCCAACACAUAACACCAAGUAGACUGAUGGGAUCCUCUUCCAUUUGUUUUGAUGAAACCACAGAUCACAAAAUGUUGACGCAUUAGUAAUUGCUUGAGCUGCUUUAGAUUGACAAGAACAUAUUCUUUUCCCACAUUCAAAGAAUGAUAGAGGCGGCUAUAUAUAUUGGUACAAGAUUUUCAUGAAUGGUUAUUUGCUGUUUUCUUUGGCUA